AAAAGGGAAAACUCAACGAACGGUGUUGAUAAAACCUGGUUGGCUCAUCAGAUCUGAUCUGAGUCGACUUAUCUUUUUCCUUUCUUCUCCAGCGUCCGAUUUUCCCUUGAAAAUCCAAUCUCUUUCACUCCCGCCCUUUUCCAUUUUUCUUUUUAAUCAAUUUCAAUUUUUUCCCCACUUUCUGGAUUCUUUACAUGGCGACGUCGGCACCGGUUCCGGCGAGUCCAGGCGGCGGUGGAAGUCACGAGAGCGGCGGCGAGCAAAGCCCGAGAUCCAACGUGCGAGAACAAGAGAGGUUUCUCCCUAUCGCUAACAUUAGCCGUAUCAUGAAGAAAGCUCUCCCUGCUAACGCUAAGAUCGCUAAAGAUGCUAAGGAGACCGUACAAGAGUGCGUUUCGGAGUUCAUCAGCUUCAUCACUAGCGAAGCCAGCGACAAGUGCCAGAAGGAGAAGAGGAAGACAAUUAACGGGGACGAUCUUCUCUGGGCUAUGGCAACUUUAGGGUUUGAAGAUUACAUCGAUCCGCUUAAGAUUUACCUUACCAAAUAUAGAGAGAUGGAGGGUGAUACAAAGGGUUCGGUUAAAGGUGGAGAUACAUUUGCUAAGAAAGAUGUACAACCAGGUCCAAAUGCCCAGCUUGCUCAUCAAGGUUCGUUCUCGCAAGGUGUUUAUUAUGGGAAUUCUCAAUCUCAAUCACAAGCCCAUAUGAUGGCUUCUGAUGCCAGGCACUGAGAACGAGACCAAAUCCUACUUGAGCCAAUUUCAUCAUCUAAAUCUCAUUAUCAUGUUUCAAUGGUGGAAGAAACAGGUGUGAAAAACUGACAUUUUGGAUGGUUCAGAUCAUCCUUCACAUGUAAGCUGUUAAUAUCAGUAUGUUUGGAGUAGAUUGAGUUGUGUGAAAGAAAUGGUGUAAAUGUUAAGAGGGUAUUAUUGUAGAUUUGAGCUCUUGGAGAGGACAUAAUAUUGUGUUAUUAAUGACAUUGUUUAGGGAACUUGGUAGUUUAUGUUAAUCAUAUAUUUAUAACUGAACAAUUUAAGGUUCAAAUACAAUGUACAAAGUUUAUUUAUGUGAUUGUUGAUUUCUACUCUUUGGACAA